AUGACUUGCCCGGGUCUUAAACUGAACUAUCAUAUACCAAAACUUGGUAAUCAUAUCAAGCAGAUUGGAGGCGCCUUGUUCGUGCCCCGAGGCGAUUGUGGCACUGAGACGGCGGGGCAGAUCAAGCCCCGAAAAGAUGUGGGCGGCCUGAUUUCCACGAAGGGCCGAAACGUGCAAACAGGCCGCCGAUCCCUAUGGGCUUCUUCUCGUGCCCUCAGGUAA